AUGUCCAACUCACAUCUCGAUCAGUCCUCCACAAACUACAAGGAAGCCUUCUCGCUCUUCGACAAGCGCGGAAACGGCAAGGUAGCCCUCGAGUCGCUCGGGGACCUCCUGCGCGCAUGCGGGCAGAAUCCCACCCUCGCUGAGAUAGCGGAUCUGGAAAAAACCGUCGGUGGUGACUUCGACUACGAAUCCUUCAUCAAAGUCCUCAACCGUCCGGGGGGUUUCCGGGAACCGGAUGAAGUGGAGGAAUACUGCCGCGGGUUUCAGGUGUUCGACAAGGACCUGACAGGGUUCAUUGGGGUAGGCCAGCUGCGAUACAUCCUGACGAACCUGGGCGAGAAAAUGUCCGAUGAGGAGGUCGACGAGCUUCUCAAGGCUGUCGAUACUAGUUCCGGCGAGAUCAACUAUACUGACCUCGUCCGCACUAUCCUGGCUAACUGA